AUGCUUCUCAUCCUUUGUGGGAACCUGAAAGCAGAGAGGUGCCACAGCCCGCUGGUAUCCGGCCUGCAGCCCGCGUCCUUCCGGAGCUCCUCCCAGCUGUCGGACAGUCACGGCCCCGGCUUUGCCAAGCUCAACCGGAGAGAAGGAGCUGGAGGCUGGUCCCCCCAGAGCUCGGACAGAGAUCAGUGGCUGGAGGUGGACCUGGCCGGACGCACGCAGGUCACGGCCGUGGCCACGCAGGGCCGCUACGGCAGCUCCGACUGGCAGACGGCCUACCUGCUGAUGUUCAGCGACACGGGACACAACUGGAGACAGUACCGGCAGGAGGGCAGCAGAGGGGCCUUUCCAGGGAACAGCAACGCAGACAGCGUGGUCCAGCACAAGCUGCAGCACCCGGUGAUUGCUCGGUUCAUCCGUCUGAUUCCUCUGGACUGGAAUCGGAACGGGCGGAUUGGACUUCGGCUGGAGGCGUACGGGUGUCCAUAUGAUUCGGACCUGGUGAGCUUCGCUGGCCACAGCAGCCUCCUCUUCAGGUUGGGUCCCACGCUGAAGCAGAUGGAAACUGAAAGCUUUUAUCUCAAAUUCAAAACCAUGAAGAACUCUGGGGUCAUACUUCACAUGGAAGGACAGAACGAGCAAAGCCUCACUCUGGAGCUGGAGAAGGGAAAACUCGUCCUGCUCUUCAGAAAAGGCAGGCGGUUGUCUCCUGAGAGCCGGUUUGUGGUUUCGUCCGGGAGUCUUUUAGACGACCAGCACUGGCACCACGUUUCAGUGGAGCACCACAGCAACCACCUCAACCUCACGGUGGACAAAAACACAGCAUGGAUGCAGAUUCCGGCCAGUCUUUCCCUCUGGGUCAACAACCAGUUUUCUUUUGUCCAGAUGAGCGUGGGGGCGGGCCGGGACCUGGACUCGAACAGGAACUUCCAGGGCUGUCUGGAAAACCUUGUUUACAACGGCCUGAACCUGGUGCACCUCGCCAAACAGAGCGACCAUCGGGUUACUGCGAAGGGAAACGUGACGUUUGCGUGCUCUGAGCCCGUUUCCGUGGCGGCCACCUUCACCGGCCCUCACAGUUUCCUGCGUUUGCCCGGAGGCGGAGGUGCAUCGCCCCCGGGAAUGUCGGUGGCUCUUCAGUUUCGGACGUGGGACGAGGAGGGGCUGCUGCUGACCUUUGACCUGCCGAGGCAGGAGGGGGCCGUGUGGCUGUACCUGAGCAGGGCCCGGUUACACCUGCAGACCCACAGGCCCGGCAGGGCGCCCAGACACCUCCGAGCAGGCCAUCAAACUCUGAAGCGUUUGCUGGCUCCUUCAGGCUCAGCUCUGAAUGACGGUCAGUGGCACUCUGUGGACCUGACCUCAGCACCUGGACAUCUGACCAUCACUGUGGACGGAGUGGACCGGGAUACUCACGCUGGUCCUCAGACUCUCAUCACGACGGGAGGGCACCUUUUCUUUGGCGGUUGCCCAGCCGAAGGCAGCGGUCAGGGGUGCACGAACCCCUUCGGAGCGUUUCAGGGCUGCAUGCGCCUGCUGGCCGUCAACAAGCAGCCGGUGGACCUGAUCAGUGUGCAGCAGAGGCUCAUGGGAGAUUACAGUCACCUGCAAAUCGAUAUGUGCGGCAUCAUCGACAGGUGUUCUCCCAGCCACUGUGAACAUGGAGGCGGCUGCACGCAGUCCUGGAGCAGCUUCCACUGCAACUGCUCCGGCACCGGCUACAGCGGGGCCACCUGCCACAGCUCUGUGUACGAGCAAUCCUGCGAGGCGUACAAACACAGGGGCAACGCGUCAGGCUAUUAUUACAUUGAUGUGGACGGCAGCGGACCCAUCAAACCGCAGCUGAUAUACUGCGAUAUGACAGAGGACAAAACGUGGAUGGAGAUCCAGCACAACAACACAGAACUGACCAGAGUCCGUCCAUCAGCGGGAGGAAGUCAGCACCGGGCUCACUUUGAGUACGCGUCUGAUGACCAGCAGCUGGAGGCUGUCAUCCGGCGCUCAGAGGGCUGCCAGCAGGAGCUGGCCUACCACUGCAGGAGCUCACGCCUCCUCAACACACCCGCCUCCACCCAGGUGCUCUUCUCCUUCGAUGUGGGGAACGGCCCUCUGGUGGUCAGCGUGGAGGCCGGCUCCCCGCUGGACGACGGCCGGUGGCACCGGGUCCAGGCCGAGCGGAACGUGAAGCAGGCCUGGCUCCGCCUGGACCGGCUGCCCGCCGCCACAAAGGAGGCGCCCGCCGACGGCCACACGCACCUGCAGCUCAACAGCCAGCUCUUCAUCGGAGGCACCGCCUCCCGGCAGAGGGGCUUCCGGGGCUGCCUCCGCGGGCUGCAGCUGAACGGGGUGGGGCUGGACCUGGAGCAGCGGGCGCGGGUCACCCCGGGGGUGCGGGCCGGCUGCCCCGGCCACUGCAGCAGCUACGGGGGGCUGUGCCGCCACGGGGGCCGCUGCCUGGAGGGGCCCAAAAGCUUCUCCUGCGACUGCCGCGCCUCCGCCUACGCCGGGGCCUUCUGCCGCACAGAGGUCUCGGUGAGCUUCAAGCCAGAAACCACGAUCAGCUACACUUUCCUGGAGCAGACGGAAAACGAAGGGAACAGGAGUAGUAACGCCCCACCGGCCUCCACCUCCUCCGACACCACCCUGACAGCAGAAAACAUCUCCCUGAGCUUCCGAACGGGCCAGAGCCCCGCCCUGCUCCUCUAUGUGGGCUCCUCCCGCGAAGAGUACCUGGCCCUGCUUCUCAAUAAGCAAGAAAGGCUGGAGGUGCGGUACAGGCUGGACCCGGGAAAGCGUGGGGAGACUCUGAGGAGCAAAGUGAAGAACCUGGCUGACCGACGGCUUCACUCUGUGGCCGUCAGCCGCCUGGCGGACUCAGUCUCUCUGCAGAUUGACCAGAAUGAAGUGGAGGACUUCAACCUGACCGCUGAUGUUGAAUUCAAUGGCGUACGGUCACUGAUUCUUGGAAAAGUUCACAGUCAGUCGGGGUCAGUGGGAGCAGGUCAGCCCGUCGUGAACGCCAUCAGGAGGGACUCAGCUCUCAUAGGAGGCUUGAUAGCGGUGGCCAUCUUCAUCCUCGCGUCUGCGCUGGCCGUUUUAGCCCGAUUCCUCUACGGCAGGAAGGAAACGCGUGGUAAAAAAGCGGAAACCAGAAGACACCCAGAGCAGCUCUCAGAGUGA